CAGUGGUCUUAUGUAACUUUAAAAGUACUCAUGGGUUUAAUGGCGCUAAGGGCGGUCGUUUCACCGCAAAUUGUAUAAUUCGCCGCGGACUAAAAACCGGAGAUUCGGAGCGGAACGACCACCUUGUUUAUCCCCGCCUCUACUUCUUACUCUUUAUUUGCUUUCUCUUGCCGGCGAACGCGCAUUAAAAGUUGUCGACGGAUCCGCGAAAGGGCGCGCGCACACACGGUGGAAGUGGCGAGCGUCAGCGGCGACGUUGUUGAGCUUUAGUUAGAAUUAUCGCAGAGAAUGUUUUCCUGCCGGGAGGAGGGCGGCACGCCAGCGACUUCAUCUGAUUUUUCGCACAGCAACAUUUGGGCAAGAACUGGGGCUGCUGCGAAAGCCAGAUCCAGCGGAUAUUGAUUUAUUUAUCUCAUCAUAUUAAUAGAUUUUAUUUUUUGUUUGUUUGUUUAUCCCCGCAACCCAGCUGAUCGGACUCAGAGGAGAUGACCUAACCGGUGGAGUGGAUGUUUUUCUCACUACAGAAUGAAGAAAUGGAUCAGGGUGGACCAAAGCACAACGGUAAUCAGAACAACAACCUGACAUUUGGGGAGAUAGCACCUGAAUUAGGCAGAGAUACGUCCGCUUUAUUGCUCCAGUCUACGAUGCAUCUGCCCGGUCCCGGGAAUCAGACCCAGAGUACGCUAGCCCCGAACGGACAGGGUGGAACAAAAGACCAGGGGAACUUCGGAGGCAUCUUUGAGUCACCUCACCUUCAUGCUCCAUGUGAGGGAUCCGAUAAGGAGGCUAAAAGGAUCAGAAUGCAGAAACAAGAACAGGAUAUAUUCAGCAUUGGGGACAAUUUGUCAUUGUUGAACCAGAAUAUUUCAGAUCUCAACCAGACGUCCACGUCUAUCAUCACCACUUCAGAAAGCUCUGUGCUGGGUAACCUCCCUCUGCCAGACCUGUUCCCCCAGCAAAUCAAACAGGAGAGGGUCUUUUCCAUGGAUAAGGACUUGGGAAAUUAUUGUGGACAAACAGGUGCUGGUUCUAGCAAUUUGGAUGGCAGCAGUCAGCUAAUUGACGAUUCAGAGAUUUGGCAAGACCUCGACCUGUCCAGCUCACUGCCAGAAAUCAGUGAUUUUGAGUUAGAUUCAGAGGUGGCACAUCUGGAUAACAUCCUGCAAGAAAACAGCCUCGGUGGRGGUUCCAUCAUUGGCUUGCCGAAGGAAACCAAACCCCUCCUGGGUAAUGGAGAAAACUGUACCAGUGUGAAUGGCAUGGAGCAGCAGCGUCGUCACCCAAUGCAACAGCAGCAACCUCCCCAACACCUGGUUCAGCACCAGCAGCAUGCGCUUCAGCCCCAACAGUCUCCAACCAUGAUAUCUGGUGUUGUCAUCAAGGAGGAGAAGGAUCCGGAUUUCAUCCACUUGAGCACUCCUGGUGUGGUCAAGCUGGAGAGACAAGACAGUGCUGGUUACUGCCAGUCGCAGUGUCUCCAGGGAGGCAUGGGUUCUCUCCAUGGAGGAGGAGCAGGCUCCAUGUCAUCCCCCAUGGGUGUUGGUGCUGGACCCUCGUACAGCUACGGAGCCAGUCAACCGUCCACAGUGAACCUGCCAGACCAGAAGCCUUUUGGCGCCUUCUCAACCCUGCCUGGGGUUGGCGAGAGCUGGCUAGGAGGGAAAAGAUACGGAGAGUCRUCUGGGAUACCGAGCGGCAGCGAUGGCCUCCAGUCGGCAGCAGCUUUGGCAAAUUUUCCUGUCAGCUUCUCCAGCACGUCAACCAGGACCGGAGAGCCCAGCAGYACUGUGGUGUCAGGCCAGUCCAAACCCGGUGGGCAGGGCCAAAAGGUCUGCUUGGUGUGCUCGGACGAGGCCUCAGGAUGCCACUACGGGGUGGUGACCUGCGGCAGCUGCAAGGUGUUCUUCAAGAGGGCUGUUGAAGGAUGGAGAGCACGACAAAACACAGAUGGUCAGCACAAUUACCUGUGUGCAGGAAGAAACGAUUGCAUCAUCGAUAAGAUCCGCAGGAAGAACUGUCCGGCAUGCCGCUUCAGGAAAUGUCUUCAAGCAGGAAUGAAUUUGGAUGCAAGGAAAAACAAGAAGCUACACAAAGUUAGACCUCAGCGGCCCCCCGGGCCACCAGAGCCYGUUAACUUGCCCAUUCCAGUCAUACCGAAGAACCUGCCCCAGCUGGUGCCCACCAUGCUGUCCGUUCUAAAGGCCAUCGAACCAGAGAUCAUCUACUCGGGCUACGACAGCACGCUGCCGGACACCUCGUCACGCCUCAUGAGCACCCUCAACAGGCUAGGGGGUCAGCAGGUCAUCUCGGCAGUCAAGUGGGCCAAGUCAUUGCCAGGUUUCCGUAGCCUCCACCUUGAUGACCAAAUGACAUUGCUGCAGUGCUCCUGGCUGUUCCUCAUGUCCUUCAGUCUUGGUUGGAGGUCCUACGAGCAGUGCAACGGCAAGAUGCUCUGCUUUGCCCCAGAUCUUGUCAUAAACAAAGAGCGCAUGAAUCUGCCUCUAAUGGAUGACCAGUGCAAGCAGAUGCUGAAGAUCUGCAACGAGUUCGUCAGACUGCAGGUCUCUUAUGAGGAGUAUCUGUGCAUGAAGGUGCUCCUACUGCUCAGCACAGUACCAAAAGAGGGCCUGAAGAGCCAGGCGAUUUUCGACGAGAUCAGGAUGACGUACAUCAAGGAGCUGGGAAAAGCCAUCGUGAAGAGAGAGGAGAACACGAGCCAGAACUGGCAGCGUUUCUACCAGCUAACUAAGCUACUGGACUCCAUGCAGGAGAUGGUCGAGGGUCUCCUGCAAAUCUGCUUCCACACCUUUGUGAAUAAAACCCUGAGUGUGGAAUUCCCAGAGAUGCUGGCGGAGAUCAUCACCAACCAGAUACCAAAAUUCAAAGAUGGGAGCGUCAAGCCUCUGCUUUUUCAUCAGAAAUGACUGCCUUAAACUGUGAAUCAAUGCCUUAAAUCCAACCCUAUACCUGGACCUCUGCAGACCCCCUCCAUAAACACUUCCUUAUUCCRCCAACCAUCAUCACUUUGGUCAUUUUUUUAACCCCCUUCUUUGGGAGUUCUGCCUCACCCCUCCAGCACUGGGCCAUUCAUCUCCAAGCAAAAUACUAUUGGUCUCAAACCAGUUCCAGUUCAUUGUGGGACACCAAACCACUGACCUGUAGCCCAUCCUCCCAGCUAACCGAGAAGAAUUUUGCCUCUGAAUGUUUCUUGGGAAAUCAACUUUUGUCACUCCCUCGACCAUGGCUCAGACCUUAGACAUAUUUAAAGAUUCUAAAGAUGUCCCCCCUUUUUUUUGCCUCCGGAGUUUCGUGCAAUGCAAACACUGUUUCCCCGAUGCAACGCGACUCUUACACUUUGCAGCUCCUGACGAUUAUCAGCUCAAGCCUUGUGUCCAUCCGCUCACCUGCACGGCUUCACCACGCAGCGAAUGUAAAAAAAAGAAAAUGAACGGAAAAAAAAGAUGGUUUGGCAUCCCGGGCUUUUCCACAAUGCUCUUUGUGAUGAAGAGGAGGAAGAAAAACACACAAAAAAAGUUGCAAGAAAGGAGGUUACUUUUCCUCUGGACUUGAGGACAGAAAAGAUGAAUUUACUCGUCCAGCUAAAGGAAUAUUKUUCAUGUAUGUACUGCAGAUCCACACGCAGACGUCCCACUCUCAUCAGACACACAUUUGUUCAGCCACAUGUUUACACAGGAUGUAUCUGAGGGAAAAUUAGUGCCUUUUAGUUUUUAAGCUCUUCAUAGCCAUCCUCUUCAAACUCUUUCUGCAUUUGAAUCCAAUGAUAUUAUCUCUGUCUUUUUUUUCCAUACUAGUGUUCUGUUUUGUUUUCAAACAGACCUUUAGGUGUUUUUAUUGUUCUCUCUCCGUUCUGAUUGACAGAUGUUCCCGGAGCAAAGUCACCCUGUGGUGUGAAUUAGAAAAUUUAAGAACUGUUUGAAAACUUCGCAUCAUUUUCAAGUUUCGAAAUGUUGAAUUUGGUAAAAAAAUAAUAAUAAUAAUUAAUUAAAUAAUAAAAAAAAUCUGACAAAUAUGGGGCGAAAUGAUCAUAUCUUUUACAGUGGAGUUUUGUUUCUCCUCAAUUUGGAGAAACAGGUUGAUUCUCACCUGAUGAGCUAACGGCAAGGCUAAAACUAAAUCAAAUGAAUAGCGGUUCACGCGAGACGUAUUUCUAAAAAAUUUACACCAUUGUUAGUUUGACUUUUCAAGGCUAUUUGCCAUUAUUGCCAUUGAUUUGUCGGAAUUACCAUGUGACAAAAAAUUUACAGUGAUGUAAAGCUUUGUAAAAAAAAACAUUUAGUCUCUAAUCCAAAAGACUGUUUAGGUUCUUUUAGGUUUCGUCUGUUCUCGAGACAAAUUGACCUAAUAAAAAAUAAAUAAAAACGAGGAGCUAUUCAAUUUUUUUUUAUCUUCUUAAGAUAGACUGUUGAGAUGCAUCAGGACAUAAAAAAAAUGUUCAUAUGGGAAUAUUUGAGAUGAUAGUUGUUAUAAAAUGACAGCAGUUUGGUUUUGGCUCCGCCUACCAAUCAGGUUUAAAUCAAACUUUUUCUCUUGACUUUUUUUUCCCAAAAGUUUUCUACAACUUGUAAGAUAUUUCUACAGAACCCCUCUGCAGAAGUUUCUAAGUUUUAUAAUUUGUAAUUGCUAAGCUAAGUCAACUCCUCCGAUUGAGUCGGGUUUUAAAACUGAAGUGGAUUUUGAAAAUUGCCUCCUAAGAGUUAAAUAUCCAGGGUGUCUACGUUCGACAACAGCCAUAAUCAUUGAAACAAACCUUACUUGUACCUGUUCUUUCACUGCCAGCUGCUUAUUGUUGAGMAAAUUGUUUCACAUAGUUAAAUGUAUGAAUGUAGUUUUCAGGAGCUCCACUCAAAAAGCCAGAUUUCCUGUUCCAUCCUCACCGCACCUCGAACAUAAACGUCCAUUUUUUUUUUGUAUGUGGGAACCCAGCAGGGGUAUCGGAGUCAUAUGUACCAUGUUUCUUAUCCUUUUAAUUGUCAAAAUAGAACCAGCUCCAUUUUACAGCGCACCUAACUUGAAGUAUUGUUGGAAAAACGCUGCAGUUUUGUCCACGUAAUUUGUGAUUUUAUAGCUCAGGCUAGAAGUGAUGACAUCACUUACCCCGUGUCCCACUGGUGCCAAAAAUCCUUAAAUAAAAAUCUAUUUUUCCUUCCUGGAGAUACGUAUAUGAAAGAGUUUUGGUUUGUAACUUUGGCUUCAGGGUGCUCAAUCAUUAGUGUCACACCAGCUUAAAACCACCUGAUUACAACUUAGUGUAUAAUUAAAUUUAUAUAUAAAUAUAUAUACAUUUUUAUCUGCUUUUUAUAUGAUGAUAGAUGAGAUGUAAUUUCUAAAAUUAUAUUUAAGAAAAUGAGAAAAAGAAAAAAGAGAUCUUGGUCAGCAUUUGCUACGUUUAUUUUGUGAAAAAGUGUUCAUACCAGCUCAUGUGACGGCCAAAGUCUAACAAAAAGCCAACCACCUCCUCCCUCAUUGUGUCCUCAGAGUUGGGCUCCUCCACCUAAACUGUCAACCUUUUACACGUUUUUCACCCGUUUACUCCGUCGAAAUUUCAGCAACCAGUUAACAAACAGGUAGCAGGUUUUCAUGGAGACCAGUAUCUUAUAGACCUUCAUACAAGCAGCUACUCACCUACGAGGCAUCCCGUUUAGUUUUUUAUUAAUUAGCCAGUUUUGCUCAACUUAAACGAGGGUCGUUCGAUGUACAGCUCCGACUUUUAGCUUUAGCCUCUUAAUUCAUCCUCGACGCCACUGACAUCAGAGAUUAUUCUGAGGAAGGGUUUGUUUGUUUGUUUGUUUGUUUGUUUGUUUUCGGAUGACUUGCAUACAGUAUUACAUUUGUUUUCAGGUGGUGGUGCUUCUGAAAACCAGCUUUAACGUGCAGAUGUGAACCACAUCCCCUGCUCAUUCUAUCAACACCUAUAGAUGUAUAUAGUGAUGCUGGCAUAUCCGGUGCAAUGUAAAAAAAAAAAAAAUGUUGUGUCUGUUAUAACAAAAUAUUUUUUACAUUUAUCUCAGUACUCACACAUUUUCUUCUACACGUUUCGACUAAAGGCCUUGCAAAAGGGAGACAGAGAGCCAUAGAUUUAAGAUUUCAAAUCAGGAAAAAAGACGAAUAUCAGUGUUUUUGGAGAUUGAUCUAUUGUAAAGAAAAGAUAUUUUCUGUGAUUUUAAAUACAUCAUUGAACCUCUUUAAUAUGACUAAUCAUUUUUGUACAUUAAAUGAGUCGAGAAUAUUUUUUUCCUGUUUGUUGGUUUGUGUUUGAUAAAGGUAGAUGUGUUAAAUACAUUAGGAAGUGUUAAACAUGUUUGUCUUGUGAAGUAAAUGUUAAUUCUACGAGUCUGUGGAAAUUCUACAUGAACGCUCUGUUUUUUUUUCUUCUUUUUUUACGAGAUAAGAAAAUUAGGGAGCAGGGUGAGUCAGUGUGACUGGAGGAGUUGUUUUUAAUAUUUACUUUUUUGCUUUUUUUUUUUUAAAUAUUUUGCGCUAUACAAAAGUGACCAAAGCAGAAGAGAGAGAGGGAGAAAAAAAAUGAUGUUACAUUUUGUGUAGCACCCACAGCUUACUUUUUAGCACUUCUGGUUUUAUUUCAAACGUCUUUUGUAAAGGUCUUGGCUUUGGAUCUCAUUAUUUUACCGUAGGGAUUUUACUGGUCACUUAGAAAGAAAAAAAAAGAACAUAACUAAAAAAAAUUUAAAAAAAUCUGAAUUUCUGUGUGAAAUUUUCCAGAGCCUGAUAAAAUUGCACUACCCUCACAUUGGUUGUCACAGUCUAUUUUGUAUAAAAAGAUAAAAAUAAAAACACAUGCAGUUAUCUUUAGACUAAGGGCGGAUCAUGAUUCACUGAUAUGCAUAGCUAAGGCUUUCACUGAAGUCUGUUUUGUUCAUAUUUCAGUUCUGUAGAUGUAAUCCAAUGUAAAAAGAUAUAUAUGAAAAAAAAAUCAAACGAAAACAAAACAGUGGUUUAUAUUUUCCCUUCUGUAUUCAGUGUCAAUAUUUCUCCCUAUUUGAUUAAAUGUUGAAUUAGGUUCUGUGUUGUUCUUUGACAUUGGGUUUUGCAUCGUGUCGGCUGAUGUUCCUGUCAUCGCUGGUUCAAGGCGGAAAUGUGGAAGAACAGAUUUCUCUUUAGUUCAAACAUCUUACACAAUAAAGUUUCCUGUUUUUCAACAUUCA